AUGCAGCUUCAGCUUCCAUACCGUGAUUUGUUCGCAAGUCCAUCAUUGCGAGUGUCUUUGUAUCAGGAUGACCUGGAUCAUCCGGGCGUCCACUCAUUAGACUGUCCCAAUUGUCCCUGUCCAGGAUGUGCAACGUGCGUCGCUGGUAGUCGGGUCGUGACCACGGCCGAGAAGAUUGCCCCUUCGCUUCGCAUUAGCCACCAGGAGGAAAGGCACUCAGACCCUCCCUUGGACAGGAACACCAAAGUAUGCAUUAUUGGAGCCGGCAUUGCAGGCCUCUAUAUUGCACUGAUCCUACAAGACCUUGGAAUUCCCAAUCUUUCUUGGGAUAUCCUCGAGGCCAAUCGGGAGCGCAUUGGUGGCCGUAUCUAUACUCAUCGCUUCUCCGAUGCCCCCAAUGACUACUAUGAUGUGGGAGCUAUGCGGUAUCCAGAUAUCCCCAUCAUGUCCAGGGUAUUUGAUCUUUUUCGUCGAAUGGAAGUACCACUGAAGGAGUACCAUAUGCGUGAGAUUAAAACGAACAAGGGUGAUGUUGGUAGCUCCAAAGGGGAGUGUCCAUCCACCACGCUGCUCAACCAAGCAUUUGGCCCAUAUAAGAAAAUCAUGCAACGGAACUUUGUGCAUGGAUUCCAGCUCCUGAUGCAAACUGAUGCAAUGAGUACACGUGAAUAUCUUCGAGUCAACCACAAGUCCGAUUUGAUGGCUGUUCAAACUGCCGAGAGUCUCACCACUGGGACUGGCGCAUUUGAUCAAGCUUUUUCGGAGAGUGUUAUGGACUCGUUCGACUUUGAGGGACUCACGGAGUCUGAGCAGUGCCUGACGGGAGUAAAAUGGUAUUCAGUGGCCGGCGGCUCGUCCGUGGUGAUUGACCGCAUGUGUCAGCAAAUAAAGAGUAGCAGCACUGUUGAGACCGGAAAGCAAGUUCGUCGUAUCGCUGUCGAUUGCAGCGGCGAUCUUUCCGUGUCAUGUAAGGGCGAGGCAGAGGCACGGGAUGGAUAUGCGACGGUAUUCAGCACUGUCCCAUUGGGCUGUCUACAGCGAAUCGACACCGGGUCACUACAUCUUGACCCAAUUCAAAAAGAGGCAAUUCGGUGUCUGCGAUAUGAUGAUUCAACCAAGGUGGGCAUCAAAUUUGCCUAUCCAUGGUGGAUUGUAGACUGUGGGAUGCGAGGGGGUGGGAGUGCAACAACCACACUCCCUUCAAGGAAAUGUGUCUACCCGUCACAUAUCUCCGCGGAGGACUGGGACAAGCCGGCUGUAUUACUGGCUUCAUACACCUGGGGCCAGGAUGCUUCUCGCAUGGGAGCAUUGAUCGGGCCAUCAUCUACUGCCAGCUCCGAUGAUGGCGAGGAUGGCGGUGAUGAUUUGUUGGAUCUCGUUCUUCACGACCUUGCUGAGCAGCAUCAACAACAUGGAAUCACUUAUGAAAAAUUGCGAGCAUUAUACCGAGAUCACCAUGCCUUCUGCUGGGGUAACUCGCGCUUCUCCUCAGGAGGAUUCGCACUCUUUGCCCCCGGGCAAUUCACCAAUCUCUACCCCUCAUUAUCACUCCCAGCAGCCGAUGGCAAGUUCCAUAUUGUAGGAGAGGCGGCUAGUAUUCAUCACGGGUGGGUUGUGGGAUCUUUGAAUAGUGCAUAUGUUGCGGUCUAUCGAUUUUUGCGUCGGUACGGACAACAUCGGGCUAUCCGCAAGCUGGAGAAAAACUGGGGAAAUGUGCAUGAGCUUGACCUUGCGGGCGUUUCUUGUUUUUAG